GUCUGUGUGACACGUGAGGCCACAACCGCAUUAAGCCAAAGUCACAAAAUGCCGGCAAUUGAGCACAAAUUGAAUAUCACUGAGGAGGAAAUACCCGAUUAUAUACGUAUAAUAUCGGAAAAACAAGGAGAAUGCCCAAAGACCAAAAAGGAAACCAUUGCUGAAUUCCGUAAUUAUAUCUUAGAUCAAAAUCAGUGCCAACCACAUCGCAAUGAUGAUAAGUACCUAGAGAAGUUUUUACGGGCCCGCUACUGGAAAAUUGAUAACAGCUACAAAUUGCUGUGCAGCUAUUAUAAGUUCCGAGAGGAGAACAAAAAGUUCUAUGAGAAGGUUCGUCCCUUUGAUCUUCGGCAUCUCGGCGAUGAGGAUAUAUUGACAGUGACGCCAUAUCGCGAUCAACAUCGUAUACUCAUCUAUCGCUUUGGACUCUGGCGACCAAAUCGUGUUACUGUUGAUGAUAUCUUCCGUGCAACCAUCGUGCUACAAGAACUUGGAUCAUUGGAGCCAAUCUCUCAGAUUAUGGGAGGUGUUGGCAUCUUCGAUCUAAAGGAUUUGGGCCUGGAGCAUCUGCUGCAUCUGAGUCCGAGUGUGGCUCAAAAAAUGAUUGCUCUACUGGUGACUUCCAUGCCCAUUCGAACUUCAGCCCUGCAUAUCGUUAAUCAGAACUGGCUGUUCAAUGCCGCAUUUAAGAUUUUCAAACCUUUUCUCAAUGCCGGCAUGCGGGAACGUCUUUUUGUACAUGGCAGUGAUAUGAGUUCCUUGCACAAACAUAUUAAUCCCGAGAAUUUACCGAAGAGAUAUGGAGGCAUGCAUGAGGAUUAUUCCUAUACCUUGUGGUUGGACAUGCUGCAGCAUGACUGUGCAGGCAAUUCAGUUCAAAAGGAUAUGGAACAGCUGGGAUUUAUUUUCGAAUAAGUUGUGUCUUCUCUCUUAUGGUGUUCUCUCUACUUCUAUUUUCUACUUAAACUGGGAAAUGUCAAUUAAUAAGGCAUAUAAUUUUAAUUUUCAUUAAGUUCUUUAUAUUCAUUUAGGUACAAUAUUUCUUUGUAUCCGGUAACUCAUAUACAUAUAUCUGCAGACUUACACUUUUAACAAAUAAUAAGUUUAAUCUAUAAGAAAUUUUCACUUUUGAAAGUAUUUUCAUAGUUUAUCAGUCUAAAUGUUUCUGAGUCAAUCGUCUGUGUUAAUCAUAAUGCUAAAAUACUAAUCCAAACGCCAAUGCCAAUUUGAGGUUGGAGCAAACAAUUUGAGGUUAGGCAAUAAGCAUUUUGAGGUUAGGUCUGUUAUAAAAUUUUAUGUGUUACACAUUUGUGAGUCAGACAAAGCCAAAAUGACAACGACAAGGGAGAGAGGAAACAAAUCAAAUGAGGAAACGAGUCCACAUGGAAAUUUGUUCCGGUCAAGGAUUCAAGGCGAGGACAUCUUCGACAUGUUCGUUUUAUGUGUUUUAUAUGCAAAGUGCUUGUUGGUGCUAGAGCAGGACGGACAAUAGCUGUGAUUUGCCGUUAUGGUAAUUGAGUGUUGGACAACGCAUUAAAUGCAGCCCGGCUGCUUCCAGAUCAUAAAUAUAUCUACCACUCCCUCUCACUCAAACUAAGUCUGUCUCGCUUCAUCUCGUUGCUGUUGACCGUUACGAAUAUGUUUGAUAUUUUUUAUUGAAUUCUUUUGGCACAGGAAGCUGCUGCUGCUGCUUCUGCUGCCGUCUCACAAACAAACAAUAAAAAAACGUUCCUCUUUCCACUCCCUCCCCUACCAGGCCUUUGGUCAAACGAUAGUGAAAUUGAUUUUGGGUGCCAAGGGGUCCCUGUUCGAGCCCCGGACAUAAUCUCGAUGUCGAUGCGAGCGUAUAAAAGGCAGCGUCAUUUGUGCGAUUAAAGCGACAAGAUUAAAAAAUUUAUUGCGCAAAUAUUUAUGGGGACAGUAGCACCAUCACACACCCAGCAAAAAAAAAAAAACAAAAA